AUGCACUUCCGUACCCCUUCAAGCGGACAUCUUCUCGAUAUUUCAACCCAGGACGACCCCACCGACUCGGCUACAAUCUUCCGCGGGCCACCCCUCGUCAACCGCACCCCAUGCCUGAUCGUCGUCUCCCACAAAUCAUCACAGGAUUCGAGAAGCUCUUGGACGAUGCCACCUGCGGAGCAGGAACGGUCUUUGAAGACCAACGUGGAUAUCGCAUGUUCUGUUUCUCGCACCUGCCUCCCUCCUAGCUACGAAGAUCCUACCCGCAGGGUACAAGCCCAUCACGUCUUCCUCUCACGUAGCCGUGGAAACCCAACUGCAGCUGCAGCGACCUGCACUUCCGAGAUGGAGGGCGAUGGCGAGGUCGAGAACCCGGUGUGGCCCGUUCUUCUUUUCACGUGGCAGUCGGGAAGACGGCACGGAACAGACGAACUUCAGACCCAUGGCUCGACCGCCCUCCAUUACCGCCAAAUAGAAACGCCGUGA